UAGCGGAGAGCCACUAAAACAUCCCGCUGGAAAGGAUUGCUGAUUGAAUAAAUUAUCCCGAUAUAUAGUAUUCAACGGGAAGGCGUUGCGGUUCUGAACACGGUGUAGCAGACGUAGGCCAAACAGUGACAUCUUCUGCUUCACUUUUUUAAAGGUAUUCCCUGGCUGCGUUUUCAACUUUUUUAUAUGUAACCUACUCAAGAGGAUCCAUGUCUUUUCUUCGUUGGGUAUCUGAGAAACUCAGUGUGGAGAGCCUGCGGGAUUUGGACUUAUUUGGAGAGCAAGCUCAGGGACUCUCUCACAGGAAAGCCCAUGAGGACAGCCGGGAGAGUCUGAGGUCCCUCCCACGCCGGGACACCAUGGGCAGCUUCCAGCCCGACAGCAGCUGCUACGAGCUCCUCGCUGUCAUCGGUCACGGCCUGGACGACUUAAUGACGGUGAACCUGGCUCGAUACCGACCCACCGGGGAGCACGUGGCCAUCCGACGGAUUAACUUGGAGUCCUGCACUAACGACAUGGUCAUCUACCUGCAGGGCGAACUACACGUGUCUAAGUUGUUUCAUCACUCCAGUAUUGUACCCUACAAGAGCGUCUUUAUAGCCGAGAAUGAGCUGUGGGUCAUCUCCCCCUUCAUGGCUUAUGGCUCGGCCAGAGAUCUGAUCUGCACACAUUUCGCUGAUGGCAUGACUGAGCUGACCAUCGCAUACAUUUUGCUGGGCAUGCUCAAAGCGCUUGAAUACAUCCACCGCAUGGGAUAUGUGCACCGGAGUGUGAAGGCGAGCCACGUGUUGAUCUCAGCCGACGGACAGAUCUACAUGUCAGGCCUGCGCAGCAUCUUCAGCCUGAUUCGCCAUGGCCAGAGGGCCAGAGUUGUCCACGACUUCCCCCAGUACAGCGUCAAGGUGCUGCCAUGGCUCAGCCCCGAGGUGCUGCAGCAGAACCUGGAGGGCUACGACUCUCGGUCGGACAUCUACAGCGUCGGCAUCACAGCCUGUGAACUGGCAAAUGGACACGUGCCCUUCAAAGACAUGCCACCUACACAGAUGCUGCUGGAGAAGCUAAAUGGGACAGUGCCGUGUCUGCUGGACACCACCACCAUCCCGCCAGAGGAGCUGUCGAUGAAGCCGUCUCGCUCCGGGGCAGACUCGGGCAUCUGCGAGGGCCCGGCGGCCGGAGGCGUUGGCCACUCCAACGGGGAGCCCUCGUCCUCGGCGUCGACGGGCGCACACCCGUACAACCGCACCUUCUCCCCACACUUCCACGCCUUCGUUGAGCUCUGUCUGCAGCGAGACGCGGAAAAAAGACCGUCCGCCACCGCCCUCAUAGGCCAUCCAUUCUUCAAACAGAUUAAAAGGCGGCCCUCCGAGGCGCUGCCCGAGCUGCUGCGGCCUGUGUCCCCGAUCACCAGCUUCCAGAGCUCCCAGUCGCAGGACUCCCCCUCCGGAAUGGCCAGUCUGGAGUCGGACCUCAGCUACUUGGAGGUGGACGAUUGGGACUUUUGACAGGGGGGGGGGGUGGAGAGACACUCACAGGGUUGAUGGAGAGACCACGGAGCACACUGGACAAGAUGUGUUUUUGUAAUGGUCCCUUUGUAAAUAAUUUAAAUCUCAAAACAGGAGUUGCUGUUCUCAGACUGAAGGUUAAAAGCCAGCAGCCAUCUUGCCUCUUUUUGGGAGUCAGACACACAAAACAAACACCUCUUUAAUCCUCUUGCUGCUGCUGAGGUUGACGAUCUGCGGGCGUGAAUGCAGCUGAGACCUGAAGAUUAUUCUAAAACGAAUCAGUGGCGAAGCUGCUACCAAACAUUUGGCGCAGAAGCUCCACCGCUGCUCAGCGAGGCCGCCGGGCAUCGCUGCUCACUCUGCGGCCGUCUGCACGCCACAUGGAAGGUUUGCUCCGCGUGCCGAAGGUCAGCAAGAUUAACAGCAUGUUACACACAUUUCUUAACCCUCUCCUUGUGUUGACAUGUACACCUUUUUGGAAAGAGGUUACGCAUGGCCCGUUUUACGUUUAACCUUUGGAGCAUAGCUGUGUGUAUCUUCUUGAGCUUACUCUGGGCGUGAUGUUACUUAUGUCAGAAGUGAAUGUUGCAUUGUUGCUUGUUUCCGUCUGCAUGGACAUUUGAAAGUGGCCGUAAAGGGUCAGUGUUGCAAAUGUCAAGCUUGACUUUUAACAAUAAACAUUGUUCACUUUCA